AUGCCCAGCAACUCACCAUCACUUGCUUUAUCGAUUUUGCAACUGCCUUCGAUUCGCUUGAUAGUGCUCUGGAAAAUGAUGGAAUGUCCCAGAGAAGAUCAUUCGGUUCAUGAAGGCACUUUAUCAGCACAUUCUGGCACACGCAAUAUUUUGAGUUGGGUUGAUGAUUCGGAACCAAGAUUAAUUAUUGAGCAUGUAAACGCACCACUAGCAGUCAUUGAAGAAUUGUUAGAUGCCAAUACCAAUGAUUGA